CUUAGCUAGUGAUUUUGACCCAAAAACUGUUACUUUUGUGCAAUUUCUUUUCUAAGUGCUGAUUAAUAAGGGAUUCGAUGCAUCCUUGUCCUAAACGAAAAGUAGCACCUGGUUCUUGUUUGCCAGCUAAACAGCCAUUAGCUAUGGACCACUUUGGAGGAGGAAGUUGGACAAUGAUCCCCAACAUCCAAACUCACAGCAAUCCUUCUACACCCUCAAAUCAAGACCAAUUAUUUCUGCAGCAACAGCAAUUUCAGCAGCAACAGUUCAAUCAACCGCAACAGCUCUAUCAACAGCAGCAGCAACAGCAGCAACAACAACAACAACAACAACAACAACGCUAUCAACAGCAGAUGCAACAGCAACAAAUGCAGCAACAACAUCAGCAAAUCCAGCAGCAGCAACAGCAUAUGCAACAACAGCAACAACAGCACCAUCAAUCACUUGCUUCUCACUUCCAUCUUCUACAAUUGGUGGAGAAUUUAGCUGAUGCUAUUGAAAAUAGAAACCGAGAUCAGCACUCAGAUGCAUUGGUUACUGAAUUGAAGAACCAGUUUGAGAAGUGCCAGCAGCUGUUGACCUCAAUAUCAGGGUCUAUUAGCUCAAGAUCAAUGACAGUUGAGGGACAAAAGCGCAAAAAGGCAGAAUGUGAACAAUUGCUAAAUCAGCGCAGGGAUCUUAUUUCAAAGUACAAAGGCUCAGUUGAGGAGCUUAUUAACUCUGAACUAUAGCUGCUACUUUCAUUCUAACUAUGGUAAGUUAAAGACACAAGUUGCUAGCAUCAGCAUCUUUGUGCUUGCACCACGUCAAGCGAAUUGCCUUUAGAUGAGAAUUCUUCCUCAUUCGUUUGUUCUGAUGAAUUCUUAUAGACUGGCCUCCAUCAGACUUUGGCGGUGGCUUGAUAUGUUCUUGUCUUCGGACCAAAAAUAAUGAUAUGUCUUUAUCUAGCGCAUAAAUCAUUGGUAGGCUUUAUUAUUUCGUCCCUAUGUAAAGGUUCUACUUGGCAAUAAAGGAAGGAAAACGAUUAUUUAGAUAUAAUUAUGGGAUAGGAUAACUGCAAGAGAAUAAAAAAUCGAAUUCUUGUAAGAACAC